GGGUCAUGGCAGUGCGGAGAUGCCUGGGCUGCGGCAAGAAGCGUCCCUGAGGCAGUGGUGUCCCCAAAAGCAAUGUCCCCAAGGGGAUGGAAUCUGAGGUGGAUGGGGCUGACGUCCCCGUGGGUGCGACGUGCUCCGUGCCCUCCUGGGGGGAGGUGGGGGCUGCACAGGGUGGUGGAGGGGACCCAUGGGGUCCCCACGGCCGCUGGCAGCCGGCAGGAAGUUGUGGGUCCGGGUGGGGAAACUGGCGAGCGGCCACGCUUGCGCCACCGUCCCGUUCCGGGGCGGCCGGCCUUGCCCCAGCCCUGACGAGAGCGAGCGUCAUCGUGGGUGCCGGGGCAGUCCCCGCUGUGUCAGCCCAGCCACUGCCGGCCAGCACGCGAGCGCCAGACCCGGAGCAUUGACCACAUUCUGUGCGCCACACCGACCCCAAAACAUCGCCCUGCUGUGCCCCACGCUGACCCCAAAACAUCACCCUGCUGUGCCCCACACCGACCCCAAAGCAUCGCCCUGCUGUGUCCCACCUUCCCCAAAGUACUGCCCUGCUGUGCCGCACACCUUCCCCAAAGCAUCAUCUUGCUCCUGUGCCUCAAUCUGACCCCAAAGCGUUGCCUCACCUGCCCCCCACUGACCCCAAAGCUUCGCCCUGCUGGUGUGCCUCACUCUGACCCCCAACCAUCGCCCCACCAUGCCCCACACCGACCCCAAAGCAUCACCCGGCCGUGCCCCACACCAACCCCAAAACACCGCCCCGCCAUGCCCCACAUGUGGAGCCGAUGCCCGCAGGCGGUGGCGGGGCCGCAGCAGCCGGCGUGCUGGGGCAGAGCGGAAAUGGGCGAAGCCGAGCGUUGCGAAAGGUGGAAAUCCCGCUCUGACAGCGCUUCCUUCCAGCGGCGCUUGAAAACCCGGCACGCAGCAGCCGGGCUCAGAGUGCGCCCAAGCGCCGCUGCCAGCAGGACGAGCAGGAGCAGGGCCCCGGCACCCCACAGGUUUUGCCGUCAGGUUUCCCGUUUGGCGUGGAGAUGGCGUUCGUCCCCGACCUGGAUGUGCUGGAGGGUGGCAGCCUCAGCGAGGAGACCUUGUACGGCCCCGACUGCCUCUGCCCACAGAAGGUAACACCGGGAGGGCCCCGCGGCCCCGCGGCCCCGCGGCACAGCAUUGCACGGCGCUCACCCCCACCCUUCUCCCCCCAGAAGCUUCGCCUGGACUCAGAGGCAAAGCACAGCCACAGCCACACCGCGGUGGACGUCCAGGUGACGGUGACGCAGGGACACGGUGCCAGGAGGUUCCGCCAGGCCGCCACCCUGGUGGUGGCCGCGACCAAGAUGCUGCAGAGGCCGUCGCACAAGGACUUUGCUGACAGCGACCUGGGCGGCUUCCUGGAGGAGAUUUUUGAACCCGUCACCUUCCAGCAGCUCGAAAGCAGCUACGCCGGGGCGCCCGUGUACCGCUACACCCGCUCCCAGUCCUUCGACAUCUUCGACAUCAACCACAAGUGCUUCGUGCUGGAGUCACCCACCCAGCUGGUGGCCCUGCACCUGCAGGGGCCCUCCGCCAGCCGCAAAGUGAGGCUCAACAUCGCGCUGUACCGGCCCCGCACCCGGCAGGGCAGCGCCGGGGCCAUGCAGAUGCCGGUGGCGCUGGGCAUCAAAGGCUACAAGCUCUACAUGUCCUGCGUGAUGAGCGGCACCGAGCCCGUGCUGCAGCUGGAGGAAGCCGACGUCAUGAGGGACAUCGACAGCGCCGAGCUGACCCGCUUCAUCUUCUACCGCCUGGACAGCCCGGCCGAGGGCACCACGCGCUUCGAGUCGGCCGCCUUCCCCGGCUGGUUCAUCUGCACCUCGCUGCAGCCCAAGCAGCCCGUGGGCAUCACCAACCAGCCCGACCAGGUCAACAUCGCCACCUACAAGCUGAGCGGGCGCUGAGCCGCCCGCCCCGACCCCAACCGGCGGUCGCCGGUUGCCACGCCGUAUGUACCGAGUACAGCCCGCGGCGCCGCCUGCCGCCCCUCUAUUUCAGGUGAAAUAGCCCCUCUGGGCCCCGUGGGCCUGCCUCGC